GAGUCAACCGCGGCCUCCAAUUUGCCGUCGUCGUCCGCUCUCUUCUCCUUGUUGAAUAGCAAGAACGCCGCUCUCUUUCGGCAUCACCACACGUUCUUCUUUACUCAACUCUCCGCCUACUCGAGUCUUCGCGUCAAUAUUGCGAUCUUCGUCUCCUACCAUUCUUCCUGUGUCGUGAAUCAGAGGUCCCUCUUCACGCAAAUUCAUCUCCGCUGUCUCGCACAGUGUGCCACUUCGUUAUUGCACCAGCGUUGUGAAAAGCCCAUCGCGACACUCACCUUCAUUCCGCCGCCACAUCAUCUACCUUUAUUCAACUUGUGUGGCCCAACGGUGCCUGCCUCCUUUCAUUGAUUUUUCUCCCCUUUUCGACAACGAAUCUUCAAGAUGGCCGAAUUCGUGCGCGCUCAGAUUUUUGGCACCACGUUCGAAAUAACGAGCAGGUACACCGACCUCCAGCCGGUGGGCAUGGGUGCAUUUGGUUUGGUCUGUUCUGCCAAAGACCAACUUACUAGCCAGCCCGUGGCAGUCAAGAAGAUAAUGAAGCCUUUCAGCACCCCUGUGCUGUCCAAGAGAACCUAUCGAGAACUGAAGCUUCUGAAGCAUUUGCGCCACGAAAAUAUCAUUAGUCUUAGCGACAUUUUCAUCUCCCCGCUGGAGGACAUCUAUUUCGUAACGGAGCUUCUGGGAACGGACCUCCACCGACUUCUCACCUCCCGACCGCUAGAGAAGCAGUUUAUUCAAUACUUCCUCUACCAGAUCCUGCGUGGUCUGAAAUACGUGCAUUCGGCUGGUGUCGUCCAUCGUGAUCUCAAGCCUAGCAACAUUCUCAUCAACGAAAACUGUGAUCUCAAGAUCUGCGACUUCGGUCUGGCCCGAAUUCAGGACCCCCAAAUGACGGGCUACGUUUCGACGAGAUAUUACCGUGCGCCGGAGAUUAUGCUCACGUGGCAAAAAUACGAUGUCGAAGUUGACAUCUGGAGCGCGGGCUGCAUCUUUGCUGAAAUGCUUGAGGGCAAGCCUCUCUUCCCUGGCAAAGACCAUGUCAACCAGUUCUCCAUCAUCACGGAACUCCUCGGAACUCCCCCAGAUGACGUGAUCAAGACGAUCUGUAGUGAAAAUACGCUGCGGUUCGUUCAGUCCCUUCCCAAGCGCGAGCGCCAACCAUUGGCGAACAAAUUCAAGAAUGCCGACCCGUCAGCUGUCGAUCUGUUGGAGCGGAUGCUUGUCUUUGAUCCCAAGAAGCGAAUUAGCGCGGCGGAUGGUUUGGCCCAUGAAUAUCUGGCCCCCUACCACGACCCCACCGAUGAACCCGUGGCAGAAGAAAAGUUUGACUGGUCAUUCAACGACGCUGAUUUGCCGGUGGACACAUGGAAGAUCAUGAUGUACUCCGAAAUCUUAGACUACCACAACGUGGAUGGUGUGGCGGAGGCUGCUGCGUAGAAGAGCCAUUUUGCCGUUUCUUCUUUUUCAUAUUUUUAAACGUCACCGUUCUUAUGAUUCACCCCUUUCUUGUCCCGCUUCUGCUCCCCCAA